CCUGUAUGAACAACAAGUGUAGAGGACUGAUUUUUGCCAGCAUUAAUUAACAUGGUUUAAGAUUACUGCGGGACUUUAUGUUCCAUAAUGACAAAAAAAUAUUGAUUUCAUUGUGGAAGGAAAGAUGGGACACAGAAGUGGGAGAUACACUUUGAGAAACCCAAUUAACGGUGUACAGUGUUAAGGUUUGGAAUUGUGAUAAUGCACAAUUAAGAGGACUCACAGGAAAAAAACAACCACAACUGGACUGUUUAUCACAUCCAGAAUUAUAUGUGAGUCUAGUAAAACUACCCACCAACAAAAUUGUCCUUGUCUCAUUGUUCAAAAAGGUUUUCAUGAUGCUUCAAAACAGGUUAACAAAUCACUUAUCCUACUUGCUGAUUCUACUGCUAUUCUUGUCUCAAAUCCAGCAUUCUCUAUCAGAUCGAUUUAUUGUAAUUGCUACUAAAACACCUAUCAGCGCUACAAUUGGUUCAGACGUCAUUUUAUCGUUUCAUCUCUCGCCUGAAAUCAAUGCUGAAAAUAUGGAGAUUGGAAUUUCUAGAUCUUCAUCUACAGAAUUUGUAUUUUUGUAUCGCCGUGGUCAAGAGGUGACUGGAAGUCAAAUAGAAGAAUACAAAGGAAGAACAAAGCUUGUAACGGAACAUUUAAAAAUGGGGGAAAUCUCUUUGCUAAUCCGUGAUGUUGGCCCAUUUGACAAUGGCAUAUACUAUUGUUUUGUUCAGUCUGAUAAUUACUAUAAUGAAAACAGCUUGGAGCUCAUAUUAACCAUGUUGGGCACUGGCCCUGUGAUUCGAAUAACUGAUAAUGAUAAAGGCAUUACAGCUGUGUGUGAAUCUAACGGUUGGUAUCCUAAGCCUACAGUUCUGUGGAAGGACAAUCUAGGAAAACCAUUGGACAAUUCAAAUGAGUUGAGCACGGAAGACGAAUCAAGAUUGUUAUCAGUCCAUUCUUUCAUAAACGUCAACCCCAAUAACCCAACAUUUUGCAACUUCAGAUCUGUGUUGUUAAAUAUACAAAAUCAACCAGGAAUAAGGAUUUCAGAUACUUUGUACAACAGAGUGGACCGUUGUUUUACUUCUUUGAUUUUUAUAUAUGCCGUAUUGCUUUUAUUCAUUUUACCCAUCAUGUAUGGUUUGCAUAAAGUUAGAACACUGAAAGCCAAACUGAAAGAAACAGACAUCAAAUUAGAAACUGACGAAGAAUUAUAUUUAAUUAAGAAGAACCUAACAGCUUCUAAAGCAAAUAUACUUUUGGAUCCUGAAACCGCACAUCAUAAAAUCUUGGUGUCUAAGGAGAACAAGCAUGCACAAUGUACUUACAGACAAACAAUGACAAAAACACCUGCAUCAACCAAGCGUUUUGAAAAAAAUUUGUUCAUACUGAGUAAUGAAACAUUCGGUAAAGGAAGCCUCUGCUAUUUGGACUUUAAAGUAAACAACCCUUUAUGUGGUAUUGGUAUAUGUCGAAAUUCCAUUCAGAGGAAUACAAGAAUCAAUAUACAUGAAAAUAAAUUCAUAUGCAUUGUGCACAUUUCCCAAGCUGAAAAUUUCGAUUUUAUAGUUUCUGAAAAAGAAUCUGGCCAGCUAAGAAUCUAUUUGAAUUAUGAUUCACAGACAAUAACUGUUGUACACGUGUCCCAAGUGGAAUCUGUGUCAAAAUCAUUUGAACAUGGACAUGAAGAAGUAUUAUUUUUGCUUGAGAUUCAGGAGAAUGAAGUUACUUUGCUUUAAAUAUAGGGAUCUGGGGGGAGGAGUCUGACCACCGAGCUCUGCGGUCGCAACUAGCGCGAGCUCCGGACCCGCGGGCAGAAUCGGGGAUCAAAUCGACGGCUACCAAGCCAACACUCACCCAAGGGUGCACCGCCCACGUCGGUCUUACUCUCUAUAAUUUGUAUUGAUGGUUGGUCACCACUGGCAAUCUGCCCUCACUCAAAUGCACCUAAAUUCAGUUAAUUGCCUAUAAUGCAGCCUACCCUAGCGUAGAUAGA